GAAUGGACUCAUACUCUGUCCUCCUCGAGAGGAUUCGUGUUCCUCAACCUUCAAUGCAGAGAUUUGCAGUUAUUUCCAUCUUUGAAAAGCUCCGAUCUGCUCCGUCAAACCUUGGCGCGAACUCCGAUUCCGGAAGAGAUGCCAUUUCUCAGUGUCUUCACUCCACUUCUGCUGCCGUCGUCGAUCAGUCAGUUCGGGAACUUUGUCGUUUCGUCAAAGAGGGUCACCUUGAGGUUCCUCACGGUUUACUUGAGCUUCAAUCGGCUCUCGACGGCUGCGACUUGCGUUUCGUCAAUGUUUUCGUUAAAGGGAUAGGUUUCCUUGUUCGCUUCGUAUUUCAGAAGAACGACACGUCGUGGCGGUUGGAUUCUCCGGAGACUCAUCCCUUCGUCAAGGUUGUUUCAUGUCGAACUGAGGUUUAUGGGGAGCUUGUACAGCAAGUUAUCUGGUUAAUAGCGCAGAACAAGCGCACGGGACUUGUGGAAGUUUGUAAAUUCUUGAGGCCUUUCUUGAAUUUCUUGAUAUUGAGGGCAUCUUCAUCUGCUUCAUCGUUUUCGUUCGCAAGGAUUUUAAUUUCCUCUAUUGCUUCACUGUCUUGCUCGUUUCCUUUCGAAACUAUGCCCAUUUUGAAGUUGAUGAUGGAAUGCUUCAAAUAUUUCCCGCGGAAAAAUGCAGAAGACAUGAAAAAUCUCAUUGACGUUGCUGAAUAUCUGGUGGAUGCAUUUACGGUGAUCUUGAGGCAGUCAGUUGAAACUGGAUCGCAGGCUACCAAAGAUGCUCAAUUAUGCAGCGUGAAACUGUUGGAAACUCUUCUAUCAUUUUAUACUGAUUUUCACAAUCUUUCUGGUGGGAGUGAGCUCAUUUUCAAACUGUCAAAGAGUGUAUUGCUCAUUCAGAAAGAGCUUCGAUUGCCGUACAUACCAGAAGAAUUGUUAUCAGUGAAAAUGUCCUUAUUUCUCAUACUUACUCGAGCAGAAUUUGAACAUGAACAACUCUCUGUGCUGAAACUCGCAGUUAUCUUGUUGAAGUGGAAAACUGAACAUGAAUACAUCAGUGGAGAAGCUGCAUCUGGUGCUAGUGAGGAGUUUCUCUUCCUUUUUCCCGUCAUCAGUCUUUUAUCAUCUCCUUCUAAUUCAAUUAAAGCGGCAGCAGCUGGAUUUCUCUCUGUGUUGGAAGAUCUCUUAGUACAUUUUUCAGUUGCUUCUAAGAAAGUACCUAAUAUCAGCGGGGAAUUUCCAUUUAUCAGCAAACCUGAAUCAAUUAUCUGUAGACUUUUGUGGGAUCUGUUGCUGCAGGACCCAUCUUCGUUAUCCACUUCUUACUUUCUAAGUUUGGCUUCCAGUGGUAAGACCAAUAUUAAAGUGAUGAACAGUGAUCGGAAACCGUGGAUGUCUCAACUUAGGGAAUAUUCUUUAUGGACCGUUGAAAGAAAAAAGUCUCCACUAUUACCUCAAUCGGAAGGAAUUCUUUCAUCAGAAAUGCCUUUUUUACUUGGUUCCAUAAAUGCUGUUUUAGUCAUGCAUCAUUCGUUGGGGAGCUCUGCUGUCGAUUCUUUGGCAGCCAUUGGCUUUAUGGAUCCUAGACUGGGUAUACCGUUGUUGCUAGCGAUUCUUUUUUAUAAUAAAGUUUUCUGCAAUAAUAAGAGUAGCUCCCGUGAAAUUUUGAUAAAACUUCUUGAAGUUCUUCCCUCGCUUGCUUCACAUUCGGUGAUGAUACCACUUAUUGUUCAGACUAUUUUGCCAAUGCUUCAUAAGGAAGCAAAACCGGUAUUAUAUGCUACAGCUAUUCGUUUUCUAUGUAAGACGUGGGAGGUUACGGAUCGUGUCUUUGGGAAUUUGCAAGUACUUGUACAUCCAAAAAGGUUCAGUGAAUUCAUGUCGGAGAGAAAUAUUUGUAUGAGUAUGGCUGCUUCUGUUCGUGAUGUCUGCAGAAAAAAUCCUGAUAGGGGUGUGGACCUCAUCCUGUCUGUAUCGGCAUGCAUUGAGAGCCAAGAUCCAACUAUACAAGCUCUUGGUUUUCAAAGCCUUUCCCAUCUAUGUGAAGCUGAUGUGGUUGAUUUUUAUACUGCCUGGGAUGUAAUUGCAAAGCAUGUGCUGGACUAUACAGCUGAUCCAGUUCUUGCACAUGGCAUAUGCAUUCUUUUAAGAUGGGGCGCAAUGGAUGCAGAAGCAUAUUCAGAAUCCUCAAAGAGUGUGUUGCAGACUUUAUGGCAAAUUGGUUAUAGACCACCUGGGUUUGGACCCAUGUGGACAAAGGCUCGGGUCUGUGCUUUUGAAUCCUUGACUCAUUAUGAGGUAGCUCAUAUUCAGAAAAGCAUUCCUGAUUUCAAGAAAAGGAACGUAGACUUCCUUAUAACCGAAGAUAAUGCCAAUGUACUGAAGGCCAUGGUGGAAUUUGAAGUCAAGAUUAUAACAUUUGAGCACAUCAACCGACGCCGACUGUUAAAGGAGAAAAGAACUGCAGGGAAUAAGGUUGAAAAGUUGCUCGAUGUCUUUCCUCAGGUUAUAUUCCACUCAGGAAAAGAAAACAGUUACACUCGAGAUUUUCCUGGUGCAGCUCUUCUGUUACUUUCUGUAACUUCUAAAGAUGUACAUAAUCAACGGACACCAAAGGAGCUAUCAAACUUGCAUACAGCAUAUGAAAAUGCUCUAGUGGAAGUAGCAGAGUCUCUGCAGCUCUCAAGAAAUAUUCUGGUUGCACUUCUCUCACUGCAAUCAUGGAAACCAUUCAUGCAGCGCUGGAUGAAAGCAGUCUUUGUGUUUGUUGAUGGUAAAUUGCCAUCCACAGCACUAGAAAAAACUUCGAAGAUUGCUACUGAUAUCCUGAAGAGUAUGUGCAGAAUUGCAGAAGAAUCCAUUCCUCGAUGUGCGGAGAAUAUUGCACUAGCCAUUGGGGCAUUUUGUAUGGUUUUGCCUCCAUCUGCUCACGCAAUAACAGCAACUGCAUCAAAAUUCCUACUGAAGUGGUUGUUUCAGUAUGAACAUGAAUAUAGGCAAUGGUCUGCUGCAAUUGCACUAGGGUUGCUCUCUCGUUGUUUACAUGCAACUGAUCACAAGCCAAAAUUUCAGAUCAUUGCUGGACUUCUUGAGGUUGCCCUUAGUAGCAAGAGUACUCUCGUCAAAGGAGCCUGUGGGGUCGGCUUAGGUUUUACUUGUGAAGAUCUCUCUGGCACAGUUGCAGCUCCUGAUGAUUCUGACUUGGAAGGAGAAACUGAUAGGGUGAAGGAAGUCAACUUACUAGGAAAGAUUGUCAGGACCUUGUCACUGAUCAUAUGCCAGCUUAUUCCUUCUUCAUCUGAUUCUUUGCAAAGCCUCUGUGAAUAUUUUCCUUUGGAUACUAAUGAUAUUGAUACAUACAUAGAUCCUGACUUAUCCAGUAGCAACCAUGAAAACCAGGGGGAAGACUUAUGGGGUGUUGCAGGACUAAUUUUGGGUCUAGGAAAUUCCGUCAGUGCAAUAUACAGAUAUGGGGCACAUGAUGCUGUGCUCAAGAUAAAAUCCUUGUUUAUAUCAUGGAUUCCUUGUGUGAAUGCCGAUUUUCAAAAUCCUUGUGGCCACAGGGUAGAACCUGAGAUACCAUUAUCUGUGGGAUCCUGUCUUGCACUUCCCAUUGUAGCAGCCUUUUGUCAGAGAGUAGAGCUUAUUGGUGAGAGUGAAGUAGACCAUUUAGUUACUGGCUACAAGGAGCUAAUAUGUGAACUUUUGUCUCUGAAGAAAUCUGGUGCCUUCCACCAGAGUUUGUUGAUGGCUUCUUGUAUUGGAGCCGGAAGCCUUGUCUCAUGCAUUUUGAGUGAAGGUGUGCAUCCAAUGAAAGUUGAAGAUGUGAUGAGCUUACUGGAAAUGCUUCGAAAAUGUUAUACAAGCCCGUACCCUCCCAUUGUGCAUUUAGGUGGGAUGCUUGGAGUUGUUAAUGCAUUGGGUGCAAGUGCAGGGACUCUGACUCUUGUGUAUCGUCAGCCUUCUCUACGAACUGUUUAUGGACAAAAGGAUUCAUCCUAUAUCAGGGAGCCUAUACUAGCAAGUCCUGUUUGUGAGCCACAGUCAUCAUCAUUGGUGCAAGAGAUAUUUUUGGUUUCACAGGAUUCCAAGGAUCAGCAGCUCCAAAGGUAUGCAGCAUGGGCACUUGCAUUUCUUAGACAUCAUUGGUGGUCUAAGGAACUCCAGAUUGCAAAGCAUGGUUCCCAGAGUAAUCAAAUUGAUUCUGGGCAUGUUUCACAAAGCUUUCCAGAGGACAGUGUGGUCUGGAAGCUCUGCACGUGGUUGAUGGAUCUUAAUUCUAUAGGGGUAGGUAUUACCGCACAUGUAAACACAGUGGCAACUGUUCUAAGGUGCUUGUCACGAGCUCCCCGAUUACCAUCCUUGGAUUGGGGAGUGAUCAUUCGACGCUGCAUGAGAUUUGAGGAUCAAGUUUCAGGCAACCUAUGUCCAGAUCCAGCUGUUCAGAGAGUAACACUUAGAGAGGAUUGCAUACAGUUCUCACUGGCUCAUGCAAAUCAAAUUAAUCCCCUCCUACUUUUCCUGGAUGAGCUUUCUGACCUCUCCAGGUUCAGGACACUUGAGUUGAAUCUGCAGUUAAGUUUGCUCCGUCAUCUGGCUGACCUGACAAAAAUUUUCUCAGUUUCUAGGCUGGAGAAACUUUUUGAUGAUAUGGCAGACUACGUACGAUCUCCAGUUUCUUCAUACCAUACCUACAACUCAAAUAAGAAAAGUUUGUUACGAAUUUCGUUCUGGAAGGGCCUGAACCAGUGUCUUGAUGAAGCAUUUGCUGAGUCUCAGGAGUAUGUAACAAAUAUGGAGAAGUGCAUGGAGUUUUUGUUUGCUUCAUUGCCUGUAUUGCCUUUUGAUGCCACCUUAAGACCGGAAGAGGCAAAUUGUAUAGAUGAGUGGUCAGAGGGGGUUACCUGUCUUGGAAAGGCUCCAAGGCAGUGGUUAAUGAAUCUUCUGGAGGUUCCGGAGGGGGGUCUAGUACAAAGAAGCCACUUUACCGAACUUGUGAAAAGAAUUCAAGCAAGAGCCAAGCUAGUUAUGAUUGGUUCGAUUCCAUUGACUGAACUUGGAAAACUAAAAGCUUCUAUACUGAACACGGAAUCAGAUGGUAUCUGGGAUGUAUUAGUAGAAGUUGCUGCAGCUCUACAAUAUGCUGAUGGAGGAAUCAAAAGACAAUGGCUCAUAGACGUGGUAGAGAUUAGCUGUAUAACCAAGUAUCCUUUCACGGCACUACAGUUUCUCGGCUUGCUGUCUGGCAGCUGGUGUAAAUAUAUGCCUCUUCUGAUUCUGGAUCCAAUGUCUGUGUUAAGUGACUUACCAGUCACACUUCCUUCUCUUUUGUCAGACAGCCACUGGAAUUUUGUUGCAGAAUCUGUAGUAUUGAAUCUAUGGGUAUUGAUGGAACGCAUUUAUGACUGGUCCACAAGCUUAGGGAGUGGCAGUGAUGGCUUUGGGCAGCAGGAUAUCGAUGAAAGAGAAGAUUGGAAGGCUGUUCUACUCGUGCGUGUGAUGCAUCACACCUGUGUUUCUUUACUAGAAUAUUUACCAUUUGAAAAGCAGUUGAAGCUUGCUAAUAUGAUGGUCCCUGAAUAUGGGAGUUGCUAAGCAACAUCUUAGCACUGUGCCUACUUCCCUAACCAAUCCUCACGAGCCUAUGUCCACUCAAUGCAGCUGGUCAUAAU